AUGAAGAAACGAAAACAAUCAACCUUGUUCUCGGCAAAUCAAUCGACAACACCCAAUAAGAAGAAGAAUAAAUCCAUUACUUCUCAAUCCCCUGCCUUUGAUAAUGUUGUGGUUGAUCUGAUUGAUAGUAGCGAUGAUGAUGAAGAAGAAAUUGUUUCACCUUCUCCUCCGAUGAGAACAAAUCAAAUCAUUGAAAUUAUGGAUGAGAAUGAUGAGAGAUGUAAAUUUACAAUUCAUAUUGAAAAUAAGACCAUUCAGAGUAUUAAAUUGGAUACCAGCAAGGCAAAGAUUGUAAAACAGAAAACCAUUACAAACUAUUUUAAAAAAUCAGUCAAGUUGGAAAAGUCAACUUUUAAUUCAUAUCUUGUGGAGGCUCCUUCUAAGGAUUGGUUUGAAAAGAGGAGGAAUGUUUUGGAAAUAAGGGAUGUGGAAUCUAAUUUUAAGAGUACUGAUGGUGGUCCACUAGUACCAGUUUUUCAAGUCAUUGGAAAUAACAGCUCAACUGUGAAUAUUAGAUCGAGUGAUAGAAAGUUGACAUUUAAAUUGGAUACUCUGAUUGAAUGUGGUGAUAAUUCAAUUUAUCAUCAUGUAACUGUGCCAAUCCAAAAUAAGAAGACACACUCUGUUUGUGUUUCGAAUAAUUUAUCCAAUAAUAGUGAGAAGAAGAUAAUACCAAAAUUAUCCCUUUCUUUCCUUAAAUCACUGCUCCAGAAGAAUACUCGUUUGGGGAGAGCAGAAUCGUGCGUCAGAAUAGCAUCCCUCAUGAUUUACAAAUAUUCAUUCUUGGAAUUUCUGAGAAGGAUACAGAUUAUCAUUGUGGAAGAUUGUCUAAUGCAUCCGUGUGCUCAUUUGAUUACUUGGUUAAUGAUUAAUUAUGGAAGUAAGGAAGCAACUACACCACAAUUGGAUAAUAACUUUUCCACAGCAAUUAUACCAAAGAUAUUUAUUGAUGCAUGUUUACAAAUUGUUUAUGAUAUUGCCAAGGUAAAUUAUAGAGAGGAUUUGUCAAAUUGUGAAAUGUUUAUUUCACAAGAUGAAAUGAAUGCCUUGUUUGGAAGCAAAUCUGCUCAAUUUUCAGAAUUUGAAGAAGAUUUGUGUAGAUCCCUAUUUAUUAGAUCAUGUUUUGGAGGAAUGAAGGGUGAUAUUGUACUUUUACAUAGUCAAUGCAGUCUAUGGCUUUACAGGUUUUCAAAUAGAGUUUCUCAGCCACCAAAUGAGAAUUCAAAAGAAUACAACAUACCUGAAAUAUUCCAAAGCAUGCUUAAUCCUGCAAUUGAAUAUGGUUCACCAUGGUUCAAGUAUUUAUGUUCGUUGUACUAUUCAGAGAAGAGAGAUUUGAACUUUCUUGUAUCCUUCCUAAAAUCAAAACCUAGUGUGGAUUUGUUAUGUGAGGAUAUUGUACUUUCAGCCGUUGAUUUUCAUUGCUUUCCAGUUCUAUUAGGGAAGUGUUUGGAAAAAUUUAGAGAGCUAUCCCCAAAUUCUGAUAUACAAGACCAACUAUUAAUGGAUGCCCUUAAAAAGAUUAUUUGGCAUAAGGCAUCAAAGCUCAACAUUCGAACAUUUAUUGCAACCCUUCCAAAGGAAGAACCGUUCGAAGAUACUGAUUGGUAUUCAAUGGAAUGGGAUAAAUCUCUUGAUCCAUUUGAGGAGGAAAUUUUCCAAGUGAUAGAACCUCAUUUAAGGGAGAUAGAGGCUGAUACAUUCAGACAGCAAUGUUUAUAA